AUGCUAAAUGGCGGAUCAAGCAGUCAAUCUCUUUCCAAGGCUACAGAGAUAUCUGAGAAGUCAUGUGGAAAGGACUCUCCAUUCCCUAAUCAUCCAGGCAUCGAGCAGUGCUGCAAAUUUCAAGGUCAAGAGAGUAAACUUUGUCUGGCCUCACUACGGUACUCUGCAGAUGAGCUGCCUUCCCUACUGGAGCCCACCAAUGAAGAGAACUGCACUGAGUUCACCAUGCUGUCAGGUGAGAUUUGUCCCAUUAGGUAUGUGUACAAGUUUGCCCAGAGGCACAGAAACAUCCCAGCAGGCUCUGUUCUUAAUGCUACUCAAAAUCAUGUAAGAAUGGCAGAGAGAUGUUGCUGAAAUGGUGGCAAAAUCUCUUGUUUCCUCCAAGAGAGACUCAAGAUGAGAAGCUCCAUCAUUUUUCUGAGGUUUCUCUCCAAUGUUUGCAACAACCAAGUUGUUUUGAAAUCCUUCAAGUUUGGGUUGCUUGCAUAUUAUGGAAAUCUCCAAGGGCUGUCCUUUAAAGAGGCAUCAGCCAUAUCUGGUUGUUUUCAGUCCAGGCUGGAAAAAUGCUGUUUACAGCCCCAACCUGAAUGUGUAAUGUAAGAGCUAGCAAGCUUUCAGGAAGUUCUCUGCGGUGAAUCCAAACUGGAUGCUGUAUCUGAGGAGUUCUUGAAGUGCUGCAAUAAACCUGCCCUGGAUACUCUUCCCUGCGUGGAUUACUUGAAAGGACAGGCUUGUAGUCAGUCGUCAGACAUAGCCAAUCCUGUUUCAUUUAAGCUCUGUGAGAAAGCUCAACCACAUGGGAUUGACAGGUGCUAA